UCGGUAAAGAGUAUAGUUAUAACACUUAACGGAUGUACCCCUCGAUUUUCCCUCCCUAGUUCUCAAGUCUGAUAAAUGAUAUAUGAUAACACUGAGGUGACGAAGAAGAGUUGAAAGUUAAGAAUUGGGACGCGUCGAUAAGUUGUUUACUGUCCAAUAUACUAACCUAUGUGUGUACUGUUGUUUUGUGCAGGCUUUUGAAAGGACAUUUUCAUCAAUAGGACUAUUUCAUUUCAUGGUACGACAAAAUGAGGAUUGCAAUAAUUGGACAAAGUAUGUUUGGAGCGGAUGUUUACCGACUGCUCCAGAAAGAUGGCCACCAUAUUGUAGGAGUGUUUACUGUACCUGAUGUCAAUGGAAAACCUGAUCCAUUGGCAUUAGCAGCAUCAACUGAUGGCAUACCUGUCUUUAAAUACAAACGAUGGCAGUUAAAGAAACAGGCUAUAUCAGAGGUCUUGGAGGAAUACAAGUCUGUAAAGGCUGAUCUCAAUGUUUUACCAUUUUGUUCACAGUUUAUCCCUAUGGAUGUGAUCAACUUCCCAAAGAGCAAAUCUAUUAUCUACCAUCCCUCUUUAUUACCAAGACAUAGAGGAGCCUCAGCCAUAAAUUGGACAUUGAUUGAAGGAGAUCCAUCUGCAGGUUUCUCUGUGUUUUGGGCAGAUGAUGGGUUAGACACAGGACCAAUCUUACUCCAGAAAAAAUGUUAUGUGGCACCAAACGACACUGUGGAUUCAAUUUACAAUAGGUUCUUAUAUCCAGAAGGAGUCAAAGCUAUGGGAGAAGCUGUGCAAAUGAUUACUGAAAACAGAGCACCAAGUAUUGUACAGUCAGAGGAAGGAGCUACCUAUGAUGCCAUGCUGAACAAAAAAGCACUUACAGAGAUCAAAUUUGACAAGUCAGCACAAGAUGUGCACAAUUUCAUAAGAGGAUGUGACAAAGUUCCAGGAGCAUGGGCUACAGUUAAUGGACAGAAUGUGACUUUGUUUGGUUCCCGUGUGUGGGAUAGAAUUGAGCCUAGAGGUACCAGUGUAGAAGUCAAAGGAUCCAGUAAGCCUGGUAUUGUUCAUAAAUAUGGACUGGUCUUGUUUGGUAAUGAUGGCAAAAUGGUUAAUGUGAGCCAGAUACAGUAUGACAAUGGAAAAAUGAUCCAGGCUUCUAAGUUUGGUAAAGAAGACACAUCUCAGUCUAAGAUAGAAAUCACAUCAGAAGAAGUAGGAAUGAUUAAAGCAAUGAAGGAUAUAUGGAAAGGAAUUUUGAAUACUGAAGUAGAAGAGAGCACUGAUUUCUUUAAAUCAGGAGCAGGAUCAAUGGAUGUUGUAAGGUUGAUAGAAGAAAUAAAACAGAAAUGUAAUGGCGUUGCACUAGAGAAUGAGGAUGUGUACAUGAAUACUACAUUUGAAGAUCUGUCUAACUGCCUUGUCAAAAGAAAUAGAGGAAUAGAUGACAAAGAACCAUUAGUCUUUGAUGCUGUAAAGAUGCAUGUGAAUGACAUGGAUAUAUCAUUCCCACGACAACUUUUUAUAGACAAUGAAUUUGUAGAUGCCAGUUCUGGGGCCACAUUUAAUACAAUCAAUCCUAGUGAUGAAUCUGUGAUAUGUAAUAUAGCUAAAGGAACCCCAGAUGACGUAAACAGGGCUGUGGAGGCAGCAAAGGUAGCUUUUGAAGAAGGAGAAUGGGGAAAGAUGAAUGCAAGAGAUCGUGGAACACUCAUGUUUAAAUUAGCUGAUUUGAUGGAGCAACAUCAAGAAGAAUUGGCUACCAUUGAAAGUAUAGAUUCUGGUGCUGUAUAUACUUUAGCUUUGAAGACACAUGUUGGCAUGUCUAUUACUACAUUCCGAUACUUUGCUGGAUGGUGUGAUAAGAUCCAUGGAAGUACCAUUCCAAUUAACCAUGCCAGACCAAGUAAAAAUCUGACAUAUACCAAGAAAGAACCUCUAGGAGUAUGUGCUAUUAUUACACCCUGGAAUUACCCAUUGAUGAUGUUAGCAUGGAAAAUGGCAGCAUGUUUGGCAGCAGGUAAUACUGUUGUUCUCAAGCCAGCUCAGGUUACUCCAUUGACAGCUCUGAAAUUUGCAGAACUUGUUGUCAAGGCUGGUUUCCCACCAGGUGUUAUAAAUAUCCUUCCUGGUCCAGGGUCAUCUAUAGGUCAAGCCUUGUCAGAACAUCCACAUGUUAGAAAACUAGGAUUCACUGGCUCUACACCUAUUGGUAAAACAAUCAUGGAAAGCUGUUCCAAGGUGAAUUUAAAGAAAGUAUCUUUAGAACUGGGAGGCAAAUCUCCUCUGAUUAUUUUUGGGGAUUGUGAUAUGGACAAGGCUGUCAGAAUGGGUUUGAGUUCAGUGUUCUUCAACAAGGGAGAGAACUGUAUUGCUGCUGGCAGGCUGUUUGUAGAGGAAUCUAUACAUGACGAAUAUGUAGAGAGAUGUGUUGCAGAAAUAAAGAAAAUGAAGAUUGGUAAUCCAUUGGACCGAUCAGUAGACCAUGGACCACAGAAUCAUAGAGCCCAUCUAGAGAAACUAUUAGAGUAUUGUGAUGCUGGUGUUAAAGAAGGUGCCACACUAGUGUAUGGAGGAAAACAAUGUGAUAUGAAAGGACUGUUUAUGGAACCAACAGUGUUUACAGAUGUAGAGGACCACAUGUAUAUAGCUGAUGAAGAAUCAUUUGGACCAGUUAUGAUUAUCUCUAAAUUCCAAGAUGGAGAUGUAGAUGGUGUUAUUAAACGUGCCAACAAUACAGAAUAUGGACUGGCCUCUGGUGUAUUUACAAAGGACAUUAACAAAGCUAUGUAUGUAGCAGACCAAAUAGAUGCUGGAACAGUAUUUGUCAACACUUACAAUAAGACAGAUGUAGCAGCACCAUUCGGGGGAUUUAAACAGUCAGGAUUUGGCAAAGAUCUCGGUGAAGAAGCCUUACAUGAAUACAUGAAGACCAAAGCUGUAACAGUAGAGUAUGGACAGCAGUAAAACAGAUCUAUUUUCAGUGACAAAAGUCUUUCAUCAUUUGGUUGAAACAGACAUGGCAGACGCCACUGUUGAUACUAUAAAUAGAAAUAGUUUUCACACCACCUGUCUCUGAGGACAAUUAUCAUUGUUUAAUAUUUCAUAUACACUCCUUCAAAGACAGACAGAAAAAUAAUAAUAUAUUCAGAUGUGUCUCAAGUUAACUUCUGGACAUUAUAGGGUUUAACAAUCAUCUGGGCAUUGUUUAUUUAUGGAGCUGUUUAUUUUUGUUCUAGUCUGGUUUACUACAGCUGAAAUAUACAACAAAGUGAAAUUGAUAUUUAUCAGUAUGAUAGCUGUUAGAUAAUCCAAUUAUUAAAGCUUUCAAGGAAUUAUGAAGAUAAUUUCACAAAUUUUUAAAAUUGGAAUUGAAUUUGUUUGUGUGAAAAGAAAUUAUGGUAUCUUACAUUUAAUCAGGCUGAUAUUUUAAAUGUUAGGGUUGAUACAUGUACUUUAGUUUAGAUUUCAGUUUUAGUAUUCAUUAGUAUUUUGCAUGUAGACAAAUUUUUCAUAGCUAAAUCAUUUCAAAACAAAUCAAAAUUUGAUGGUGUGAAAUUGAAUUUCAUGUUGUUGGACCAUUUUCAGUAGAGUUAUGACUUUCAAAUUCAUGUUUUUCUUCUAAUUUUAUGAUCCACAUUUCCCAUAGUUGAUGUACUUGUAGUUGAUGUACUUUACACAUUGGAUUUCUCUUAAUCUGCAUAACCAAAAUGUCAAAUAAAAUACUUAAAGAUAAAAAGUGAUGUUAUUUGCUUUUCUUUUCUUGUCUACGAGUUAUAUUAUAUAAAAUUGAAAAAAGGACUUUGUUCUUGUUUUUCAUCGAUGUAAUGUGUUUAAUUAAAAUUUUAACUAUAUGAAGCAAGCUGAUUUAAUUUUGCUUACAUUUAAGGUGAUUUGUAUUGGCAGAAGGGGCUUUAGCUUAUAAAAGAAUUUGAAAAUUUGUAUGAUGGAUUUCAGUGAAUUAUUUAGGUUAUGUAUAUCAGAAUCGAGUUAAAAGUUAAUGAUUUAUUAUGAUGAAUUGUUAUGUUCAGAGGCAGCUAAGUAUUUGCAGAUUUUAGUUGUAACUUAUACAUUUUGUGCAACAAAUUUUGAUAAUCCACAUAUGAUGACUGUAAUAAUGUCAGGUUGUUUUUGUAUUCAGAUUUAACAAAAAACAAAAUAGUUCAAUAUAUUUUGUUUUAAAUCAAGUUACAAAUUGUUUCAGGUUUCUUUCUUUUUUGGUGUUAGAAAAGGUCACAUGUAACAAAAAGAUCAGCUUUUAAAAUAGUAAAUCUAAGCUAAUUUAAUAAGACACAGUUAAUUGUUUAGUAAAUUACAAAUUAUUUUUAAAUAUAGAAACUAGAAUUUACAUUAUCCAUUUAUGUAUAAAAUGUAUGUAUAUAGCCAGAAGGUUAGUAGAUUUUUGUAUUGAACGACUGUAUUGUAACUCUUGAGUUCAUUCCUUAGUGGCUUCAUUUGUAGUUGUAUCUGAAUCAAUCUAUCUUUUGACUAAAGAAUUUGAUAGCAUGAGACUCAUUUCAGUUAGGUUCAAUUUCAAAAGGUUUCCAACAAAAUGAUGUUUAUAAUAGAAGAUGCUGUUCUCAAUUUUGUGAUAAAAAAUAGUAAUUUGAUAUUAUUAUUGACUAACUAUAUCAAAAUAGAUGUCGGAUAUUAUAAGAUGUCUAUAAAGUACAAAUUGUAUGAAUUCUUGGUGUUUUUAUUUUUACAUAAUCUAAAUAUUGUGAAUAAAUGGUAAAAAUGACUUCCUUUUUUAAAAUACAAGUGCACUGAACAAUUAUGCAUUUCAAUCCCAAAUAAAAAUUAAAUAAAAGGCUACUUUUUUUUUUAGAAUUAAGGAUAUUCAUUAUGUUUCAUAUACAUUUUUAAGUACUUUGUUUAGGAAUAAACAAAGAUAUAAGUUCAUCAUUAAAAUUCUAAAGAAUAAUCAUAAAUUGAUUAUUGAAAGUUUUAUUUUAUAUUAUACCUUUAUAGUUUUUGAUUGUUUUAAUUUUAUUUCAUGGUUUUGAGUGUUUAAAGUUUUUGGGGUCUUGUGAUAUCAUUGUUUAUAGAUCACUGAUUUUUCCUUUCUUCUAUAUGCUUCAAAUAUUUGUCACUGGAUGUAAAUUAAUCAAUAUAUCAAAUACUAAUUGUUUCUGACUUAUUGUGUUAGGGAUUAUGAAUUUCAAAUGAAGAGUGACAUGUUGAUAUGAAAAAUGUUAUACUAUAAACAAAAGAAAUAUAUAUAUUAAAAAAAUGUAUUGAGGAAAAGGGAAGACAUCAUUUAAAUUGAUGAUUAUUAUACUGAAUUGAAACAGUUUGAAUUGUUGAUCGUAUAAACAAUUUUGUGCUUGGCAUGCACUUUAUGUAUUUGUCAGAAACUCCAUGUUGAUUUGAUUGUUUAGAUUGAUGAUGAACAGAAUUUUAGAAAAUUAAGAUUAAAAUUUGACCAAGCGAUUUAGUAUUUAUAUUCUCUAAAGGGUUGAUGAGCUGUCUAGAUUAUGUAACUAGAAAAUGAUAAAUCUUUUAAGAGUGGUUAGGGAAAUGAAUGAACUUUUAUGUUGUGUCUGAGUAAAUGUAAUAUUGUAUUCAGAUUGAUAUCUUAAUAUUGUGAUAUAAAUUACAGUGCUUAUUUGAAAGGCUUUGUAAUACUAAUUUCAUAAUACAAAUUUGCCAAAAUAUUUUUCAGCAAUAUAAUUGCAGCAUUGAUGCAUUUCUUUAAAGUAAUCAUCUGGGGAAAAUGUUAUGGUAUUUUUGGGAAAAUAAUGUUAAUAUGAAGCAAAAUUUUACAGUGUGCAAAAAAAUUGCUAAAGUUCCCCCCAGUUGAUCAGUUUGAGGAGAUUCCUUUGAAAAAUUGUUUUAGGAAUUGUUAUUGGUUGAAUGAAAAAACAUUCCAAAUAUGCACUGUAAGCUGUCUAUAUGUAUCUAAAUAGAACAUCAGUCUAUUAUUUCUAUACAUAAAUGUUUUAGGUACAGACUUAUCAUAUCAUUAUGUUUGAUAAUGAUGUUCCAUUUUUUAGUGCCAAACUACUAGUCCAUUUUUAUAUAUAUAAAAGGUGUCCAUCCACGUGACAGUCCUUAUUGUAAGGGCAUGACUUUUAGUUUGGAUGAGUUUUAUAAUCAUUACAUGUCAACUAGUUUACAGGAGUUAUAUCCACUGGGAAUACAAACAUAGCAUUUUCAAGACUUCAUGCUUACAUAUCUUUAUGAACACAAGUUCUUGGUCUAAGACAAUUUUUGAAACUUUUGGACAGUGUUUUCUCAUUAGUUUCUUAAUGGAAUUAUGUUUAUCACUAUUAUUUAAAUUUGAAUAUGCACUAGUACUGGAUUUAAAUCAUACAUAUCUAUUGUGUGUUUUUCUUAACAUAUUUUAUUUGAGUUUUACUUUUGAAAUGUGUUUUAUUCUAACAAUAACAGCUGUUAAGAAGGUGACAGAAACUUUUGAUGUCAGAAAUUUAUAGAAUGCCUAUAUGACAAAUUGUAAUGAUUUGUUUUGAUAUAAACAGUUUUGAGAGAUCGAUUGUUAAAGUUGUUAAAUAUUAAUCUGAAUAAAGAUUAUGUCAGUUUUA